UGACGCGCCCCUCACGUGGUCUGUCUCCAGCCCCGUCGCCGGCGGAGGCGGGCGCGGGCGCGUCCCUGUGGCCAGUCACCCGGAGGAGUUGGUCGCACAAUUAUGAAAGACUCGGUUUCUGCUGCUAGCGCCGGAGCUGAGUUAGUUCUGAGAAGGUUUCCCUGGGCUGUCCUUGUCCGGCGGCCUCUGCUGCCGCCUCCGGAGACGCUUCCCGAUAGAUGGCUACAGGCCGCGGAGGAGGAGGAGGUGGAGUUGCUGCCCUUCCGGAGUCCGCCCCGUGAGGAGAAUGUCCCAGAAAUCCUGGAUAGAAAGCACUUUGACCAAGAGGGAAUGUGUAUAUAUCAUACCAAGUUCCAAAGACCCUCACAGAUGCCUUCCAGGAUGUCAGAUUUGUCAGCAGCUUGUCAGGUGUUUUUGUGGUCGCUUGGUCAAGCAACAUGCUUGUUUUACUGCAAGUCUUGCCAUGAAAUACUCAGAUGUGAAAUUGGGUGACCAUUUUAAUCAGACAUUAGAAGAGUGGUCUGUGGAAAAACAUACAGAACAGAGCCCAACGGAUGCUUAUGGAGUCAUAAAUUUUCAAGGGGGUUCUCAUUCCUACAGAGCUAAGUAUGUGAGGCUAUCAUAUGACACCAAACCUGAAAUCAUUCUGCAACUUCUGCUUAAAGAAUGGCAAAUGGAAUUACCCAAACUUGUUAUCUCUGUGCAUGGUGGCAUGCAGAAGUUUGAGCUUCACCCACAAAUCAAGCAGUUGCUUGGAAAGGGUCUUAUUAAAGCUGCAGUUACAACCGGAGCCUGGAUUUUAACUGGAGGAGUAAACACAGGUGUGGCAAAACAUGUUGGUGAUGCCCUUAAAGAACAUGCUUCCAGAUCAUCUCGAAAGAUUUGCACUAUUGGAAUAGCUCCAUGGGGAGUGAUUGAAAACAGAAAUGAUCUUGUUGGGAGAGAUGUGGUUGCUCCUUACCAAACUUUGUUGAACCCUCUGAGCAAAUUGAAUGUUCUGAAUAAUCUGCAUUCCCAUUUCAUAUUGGUGGAUGAUGGCACUGUUGGAAAGUAUGGAGCAGAAGUCAGACUUAGAAGAGAACUUGAAAAAACUGUUAAUCAGCAAAGAAUUCAUGCUAGAAUUGGUCAAGGUGUUCCUGUGGUGGCACUUAUAUUUGAGGGUGGGCCAAAUGUUAUCCUCACAGUUUUAGAAUACCUUCAGGAAAGUCCUCCUGUUCCAGUCGUCGUAUGUGAAGGAACAGGCAGAGCUGCAGAUUUACUAGCAUAUAUUCAUAAGCAAACAGAAGAAGGAGGGAAUCUUCCUGAUGCAGCAGAGCCCGAUAUUAUUUCAACUAUCAAAAAAACAUUUAACUUUGGCCAGAGUGAAGCAGUUCAUUUAUUUCAAACACUAAUGGAAUGUAUGAAAAGAAAGGAGCUCAUCACUGUUUUCCACAUUGGAUCAGAUGAACAUCAAGAUAUAGAUGUAGCAAUACUUACUGCACUGCUUAAAGGCACUAAUGCAUCUGCAUUUGACCAGCUCAUCCUUACAUUGGCAUGGGAUAGAGUUGACAUCGCCAAAAAUCAUGUAUUUGUUUAUGGGCAGCAGUGGCUGGUUGGAUCCUUGGAACAAGCUAUGCUUGAUGCUCUUGUAAUGGAUAGAGUUGCAUUUGUAAAACUUCUUAUUGAAAAUGGAGUAAGCAUGCAUAAAUUCCUUACCAUUCCUAGACUGGAAGAACUUUACAACACUAAACAAGGCCCAACUAAUCCAAUGCUAUUUCAUCUUGUACGAGAUGUCAAGCAGGGGAAUCUUCCUCCAGGAUAUAAGAUCACUCUAAUUGAUAUAGGACUUGUUAUUGAAUAUCUUAUGGGAGGGACCUAUAGAUGCACCUACACUCGGAAACGUUUUCGAUUAAUAUAUAACAGUCUUGGUGGAAAUAAUCGGAGGUCUGGCCGAAAUACCUCGAGCAGCACUCCUCAGUUGCGAAAAAGUCAGGAAUCUUUUGGCAAUAGAGCAGAUAAAAAGGAAAAAACGAGGCAUAAUCAUUUCAUUAAAACAGCACAGCCCUACCGACCAAAGAUUGAUACAGCUGUGGAAGAAGGAAAGAAGAAAAGAACCAAAGAUGAAAUUGUAGAUAUUGAUGAUCCAGAAACCAAGCGCUUUCCUUAUCCACUUAAUGAACUAUUAAUUUGGGCUUGCCUCAUGAAGAGGCAGGUUAUGGCCCGUUUUUUAUGGCAGCAUGGUGAAGAAUCAAUGGCUAAAGCAUUAGUUGCCUGUAAGAUCUAUCGUUCAAUGGCAUAUGAAGCAAAGCAGAGUGACCUUGUAGAUGAUACUUCAGAGGAAUUGAAACAAUAUUCCAAUGAUUUUGGUCAACUGGCAGUUGAAUUACUGGAACAAUCCUUCAGACAAGAUGAAACCAUGGCUAUGAAAUUGCUCACUUAUGAACUGAAAAAUUGGAGUAAUUCUACCUGUCUUAAGUUAGCAGUUUCUUCAAGACUUAGACCUUUUGUAGCUCACACGUGUACGCAGAUGUUGUUAUCUGAUAUGUGGAUGGGAAGGCUAAAUAUGAGGAAAAAUUCCUGGUACAAGGUCAUACUAAGCAUUUUAGUUCCACCUGCCAUAUUAAUGUUAGAAUAUAAAACUAAGGCUGAAAUGUCUCAUAUUCCACAAUCUCAAGAUGCUCAUCAAAUGACAAUGGAUGAUAGUGAAAACAACUUUCAAAACAUAGCAGAAGAGAUUCCCAUGGAAGUAUUUAAAGAAAUAAGACUAUUGGACAAGAAUGAAGGGAAGAAUGAAAUGGAGAUACAAAUAAAAUCAAAAAAGCUUCCAAUCACACGAAAGUUUUAUGCCUUUUAUCAUGCACCAAUUGUAAAAUUCUGGUUUAAUACGUUGGCAUACUUAGGAUUUCUGAUGCUUUAUACAUUUGUGGUUCUUGUACAAAUGGAACGAUUACCUUCAGUUCAAGAAUGGAUUGUUAUUGCUUAUAUUUUUACCUAUGCUAUUGAGAAAGUCCGUGAGAUUUUUAUGUCUGAAGCUGGAAAAAUAAGCCAGAAGAUUAAAGUGUGGUUUAGUGAUUACUUCAAUAUCAGUGAUACAAUUGCCAUAAUUUCUUUCUUCAUUGGAUUUGGACUAAGAUUUGGAGCAAAAUGGAACUUUGAGAAUGCAUAUGAUAAUCAUGUUUUUGUGGCUGGAAGAUUAAUUUACUGUCUUAACAUAAUAUUUUGGUAUGUGCGUUUGCUAGAUUUUCUAGCUGUAAAUCAACAGGCAGGACCUUAUGUAAUGAUGAUUGGAAAAAUGGUGGCCAAUAUGUUCUACAUUGUAGUGAUUAUGGCUCUUGUAUUACUUAGUUUUGGUGUUCCCAGAAAGGCAAUACUUUAUCCUCGUGAAGCACCAUCUUGGACUCUUGCUAAAGAUAUAGUUUUUCAUCCAUACUGGAUGAUUUUUGGUGAAGUUUAUGCCUAUGAAAUUGAUGUUUGUGCAAAUGAUUCCACUAUCCCUCAUAUUUGUGGUCCUGGGACGUGGUUGACUCCAUUUCUUCAAGCAGUCUACCUCUUUGUACAGUAUAUCAUUAUGGUCAAUCUUCUCAUUGCAUUUUUCAACAAUGUGUAUUUGCAAGUGAAGGCAAUUUCCAAUAUUGUGUGGAAGUACCAACGUUAUCAUUUCAUUAUGGCUUAUCAUGAGAAACCAGUUCUGCCUCCACCACUUAUCAUUCUCAGCCAUAUAGUUUCUCUUUUUUGCUGCAUAUGUAAAAGAAGGAAAAAAGAUAAGACUUCGGAUGGACCAAAACUUUUUUUAACAGAAGAAGAUCAAAAGAAACUUCAUGAUUUUGAAGAGCAGUGUGUUGAGAUGUAUUUUAAUGAAAAAGAUGACAAAUUUCAUUCUGGGAGUGAAGAGAGAAUUCGUGUCACUUUUGAAAGAGUGGAACAGAUGUGCAUUCAGGUUAAAGAAGUUGGAGAUCGUGUCAACUAUAUCAAAAGAUCAUUACAAUCAUUAGAUUCUCAAAUUGGCCAUUUGCAAGAUCUUUCAGCCCUGACUGUAGAUACAUUAAAAACACUAACUGCCCAGAAAGCUUCAGAAGCUAGCAAAGUUCACAAUGAAAUCACACGUGAAUUGAGCAUUUCCAAACACUUAGCUCAAAACCUUAUUGAUGAUGGUCCUGUAAGACCUUCUGUAUGGAAAAAGCACAGUGUUGUGAAUACACUUAGUUCCUCUCUUCCUCAAGGUGGUCUUGAAAGUAAUAAUCCUUUUCUUUGUAAUAUUUUUAUGAAAGAUGAAAAAGAUUCCCAGUGUAACAUAUUUGGUCAGGAUUUACCUGUAAUACCCCAGAGGAAAGAAUUCAAUAUUCCAGAGGCUGGUUCCUCUUGCAGUGCCUUAUUCCCAAGUGCUGUCUCUCCUCCAGAGCUGCGACAGAGAAUACAUGGAGUAGAAACCUUGAAAAUGUUUAGUAAAAAUCAAAAACCAGGCAAUUCAUCUAACAGUAUACCACAUCUAUCAUCCCCACCAACCAAAUUUUUUGUUAGUACACCGUCUCAGCCAAGUUGUAAAGGCCACUUGGAAACUGUAACCAAAGAUCAAGAAAUUGUUUGUUCCAAAGCUGCAGAGGGAGAUAACAUAGAAUUUGGAGCAUUUGUAGGACACAGAGAUAGCAUGGAUUUACAGAGGUUUAAAGAAACAUCAAACAAGAUAAAAGAAAUGUUAUCUAAUGAUAUUCCUUCUGAAAACACUUUGAAACAUGUGAGUUCUCACGCUGGAUUUACUGAGUGUCACAAAACUUCUGUUCCUCUUCAUUCAGAACAAGUGGAAAGUAGCAGUAGAAGGUCAUCUACAGAAGAAACUCAUGAAGUAGAUUCCAAAGCAGCUUUGUUACCGGACUGGUUACAAGAUAGACCAUUGAAUAGAGAAAUGCCACCUGAAGAAGGAACCUUAAAUGGUCUUGCUUCUCCAUUUAAGCCAGUUAUGGAUACAAAUUACUAUUACUCAGCUGUGGAAAGAAAUAACUUGAUGAGAUUAUCCCAGAGCAUUCCAUUUACACCUGUGCCUCCAAGAGGUGAGCCUGUCACAGUGUAUCGAUUGGAAGAGAGUUCUCCCAACAUACUGAAUAACAGCAUGUCUUCUUGGUCACAGCUGGGCCUCUGUGCCAAAAUAGAAUUUUUAAGUAAAGAAGAGAUGGGAGGAGGUUUACGAAGAGCUGUCAAAGUACAGUGUACUUGGUCAGAACAUGAUAUCCUCAAAUCAGGACAUCUUUAUAUUAUCAAAUCUUUUCUUCCUGAAGUGGUUAACACAUGGUCAAGUAUUUAUAAAGAAGAUACAGUUCUGCAUCUCUGUCUUAGAGAAAUUCAACAACAGAGAGCAGCGCAAAAACUCACAUUUGCCUUCAACCAAAUGAAACCCAAAUCCAUACCAUAUUCUCCAAGGUUCCUUGAAGUUUUCCUGCUGUAUUGCCAUUCAGCAGGACAGUGGUUUGCUGUGGAAGAAUGUAUGACUGGAGAAUUUAGAAAAUACAACAACAAUAAUGGUGAUGAGAUUAUUCCAACUAAUACACUGGAAGAAAUUAUGCUGGCCUUUAGCCACUGGACUUAUGAAUAUACAAGAGGGGAGUUACUGGUACUUGAUUUACAAGGUGUGGGUGAAAGUUUGACUGACCCAUCUGUGAUAAAGGCAGAAGAAAAGAGAUCCUGUGAUAUGGUUUUUGGCCCAGCAAAUCUAGGAGAAGAUGCAAUAAAAAACUUCAGAGCAAAACAUCACUGUAAUUCUUGCUGUAGAAAACUUAAACUUCCAGAUCUGAAGAGGAAUGACUAUACACCUGAUAAAAUAAUAUUUCCUCAGGAUGAGCCUUCUGAUUUGACUCUUCAGCCUGGAAAUUCCACCAAAGAAUCAGAAUCAACUAAUUCUAUUCGUCUGAUGUUAUAAUAUUACUGAAUCAUUGGUUUUGAUUACACCUCACAAAAAUGUUACUGUGUCACUUUUCUGUUAGGAGGAAAUUGUUUGAUAAUACAGAAGAGUGUGUGCUGAAUCUAGCACAGUUAAAAGGUCAAUAUUCUUUUGGCCCAGUUAAACUAGUCAGUCAAGAACUCCCUAUAUGAUACAGCUGGCAGCUGUUAAAUUUUAAAGGUAAAGAAAAAUUAGUAUUUAUAACUUUUUAAAGGGCUCUUUUUAACAGAGAAUUUCAUUUGACUUUGUUCUGAUGAGGGUAAUAACCCUCUUUGCGUGGUGCAAUACCAUUAACCAAAGUUAGGUGUCUGCAGAUUUUAUUGGCAGCUGGUUUACUGCCAUUCAGCUAGUGAAAUGAAGUCACCCAGUCUUUUGGUUCAAUGGCAGUCAGAUGUCUUCCUCAGUGUGUUUUAGUGUGUUCAGUGAUGUCACUAGUGCCCAACUAGAUGCUUAUUGGCCAUGGGAAAGGAGGCUUGUUAUAUAAUUCUAGCUCUACAGGGAUAUAGGAAGCCCAGGUUGAAAACCAUUUUCUAAGAGGGACUUUAUGAAUCAGGGUUAGGCUCCUAUUUAAAAGAUAGAGCCAGUUUUUUGUUAAAUAGAGCCCAAAUUGUGCAAAAGUAUAAUUUUUUAAAAAAUUGUUUUCUCAAGACAUUGUUAAAUAGAAGAAAGCCAUGUUAGAUUGCUAUAACCUAAAUAUCUCAAAGGAAAAACUUAACUCACUGUUCAAGAGAAGUUCCCUUGUGAGAAAAGUUAAAGUGCUUUUUUCCUAUCAUAUAUAUAGUGACAACUUGGAAGUUACAUACUUUUCAAAAGAUUUUAUUGACCAAUAUAUCAAAUCAGAAUGUAAACAUGAAUUCUUGCAUAUAUUUAAAAUUGUGUAGGAACAUUUGAACAUGAAUAAUGUUUGUGGUACUUAAGAAAUUGAAUUGGAUUAUCAUUAUGUAAUGUUGGGAGAUUGCAAUGCAACUUUAUGCCAAUAAAAUGUAAUUUAACAGCCCCAGAUAUUGUUGAAUGCUCAACAAUAAGAAAAGCUUUUCGUCUGUCUAAAGUUCUGUGCUUUGAUUUUUUUUUCUUUCUUUUUUUUACCCCUAGGUACUAAUUUUAAUUUUUAUUUGGGAGGGAGCAGUGUAAAUCUUAUUUGUAUUCAGUAGUGUAUCUCAUAGAUACAGACAAGGCAAAAAGAGAUAAGCUGUUCAAAUAGUGUUUAAUAUUGAUGAGGGGGGAGAAAGAAAAUGUAUUAAAAAUAUGCUAUAUACAUUUUGUAUAUCAUUAAAUCUUUAAAAGAAAUUAAAUAAAUUUAUUCUUGUUUACA